AAAACAAAAAGAAGAAGUGUGACGGAAGCCGGAAGUGAGAGGUGGUGUUCACGCGUUGCUAUGUGCUAAUGUUAGCAUAACGAAGCCUUUCUUUUUAACUUGAGCGAUCGUAUCAGCUAAAGAGAGAUGCCUUCACUAAACGGGAAACCCGAUGUUAUGUUUGUAAGCUCCCCUCAUUUAUUAUGCUGUUAUUUGUGAUCAUUUGUUGACAACAUGAUACCGUUGAAGCGUACUUUUACCCAAGUGUUAGCUUGUUUGUUCCACAGUGUUUGGUUGUGUGGCGGUGAAGUAAGCUCAUUGCCUCCCAUCAGCUUGCGAUGACAUUUUUUCUCAUUUGGGUUCUUGUUAGGAGGACGAUGAUCUGCCUUAUGAGGAGGAGAUCAUCAGGAACCCGUACUCAGUCAAGUGCUGGAUGCGUUACAUCGAAUUUAAACAGAAUGGAUCCAGAACCACCCUCAACAUGAUCUAUGAGCGGGCACUGAAAGAACUGCCUGGCAGGUAACCAACAUAACAGGAAGACAUUAUUAUGGAUGACCAACUACUGCUGUGAUAAAAUACCUGGAGACAUUAUUUUGCAUUAGGAGUAAAGCAAAAUACCAAGGAAACACUGACCAAAGUGUAAUGCAAGAGCUGAAAAACAGAAUUUUUAUGGAUUUCAGACACUAACUUUUUUUAAUUUUGUAUUUCUAGCUAUAAGCUGUGGUACAACUACCUAAGAGAGAGGCGGAAACAAGUCAAAGGGAAAUGUAUCACUGAGCCAGCCUAUGAAGAGAUCAACAACUGCCAUGAAAGGGCGCUGGUGUUCAUGCACAAGGUAAAAAUUCAUACAGAACCCCACACACGACUUGAAUGCAUAAUAAAGAGCAAAAAAACUGUAGUCUGUUGAGAUUAAUGGGAUAUUCUGGCGUAAAAUUAAUUUAGGGUCAAACACAGCAUAACACUGAGUUAGACACCUCCUUGGGAGAUGAAUGUUGCAGACCGCUUGCUUCUCUUGUUAUACCAACAAUAGCAAUACACAGCGGUCCCAGGAGCCAUAAACAAACCUUGUUUAUGGGUCCUCAGACCGCUGUGUACUGCUAUCAUACGGUCAUUACAAAAGUUGGUAUAACUAGAGAAGCAAGCCGUCGGCAACAUUCAUCUCUCGAGGGGGUGUCUAACUCGGUGUAACGGUGUUUUUGACCCUAAAUUAAUCUCACGCCGGAAUAUCCCUUUAAAACUAACUAUUUCCCCCUUAACCUAGAUGCCCAGAAUAUGGCUUGAUUACUGCCAAUUCCUUGUGGGUCAGUGCAAGAUCACCAGAAGCCGGCAAACGUUUGAUCGUGCACUCAGAGCCCUUCCUGUUACUCAGCACCCACGCAUUUGGCCUCUGUAUCUUCGCUUUGUCCGAAACCUGCCAUUGCCAGAGACAGCCAUCCGUGUGUACCGCAGGUACCUUAAGGUGAGAGUACUCUUCCUUCUCAAUAUCCAUACUCCAGUUUACAAGAGGAAAUAGGAAAAUGUUCUUAAUGCAUAUGCUGUCUAUUCUCGUCCCAAGUAGCUUUCACCUGAGAAUGCAGAGGAGUACAUAGACUACCUAAGGUCUGUUGGCCGUUUGGAUGAAGCAGCUGUGCGUUUGGCAGCUGUUGUCAAUGACGAAAGCUUUGUGUCUAAAGAGGGCAAGUCCAACUACCAGGUAAGGUCUACUCUCUUUCUCCAAAACUCAGAAUAAGUAUCUUCUUUAGGGCAAUUGAGGAAUGUUUACAAAGCUUGGUUCUGUGUUCACUCCCCUGACAGCUGUGGCAUGAAUUAUGCGACCUGAUCUCCCAAAACCCUGAUAAGGUGACCUCUCUGAAUGUAGGAGCCAUCAUCCGGGGAGGCCUUACCCGCUUUACUGACCAACUUGGAAAACUUUGGUGUUCUUUAGCCGACUAUUACAUUAGGAGCGGCCACUUUGAGAAGGUACCUUUGCUCAGACUAGCACUUGGUGUUACUUAUAUUGAAAUGACCUGAUUAAAAUUAAAAGUCAUUUAUUUAGGGAAAAAAAGUGAAUGUGUCAAAGUUGCAUGGACUAUUGUUCACUUUGGCUGACUUGAUGAUUGUAUCUACUUUAAGGCUCGUGAUGUGUAUGAAGAGGCUAUCCUAACGGUUGUAACAGUGAGGGAUUUCACACAAGUGUUUGACAGCUAUGCUCAGUUUGAAGAGAGCAUGAUUGCAGCAAAGAUGGAAACCACUGUUGAAAUGGGGCAGGAUGAAGAUGGUAUGUGAUGAUGUAUAAAUAAAGGUGGUAGUCUUUGAGCUUUUGUUUACCUCGAAGCUUAUAUCUUUGCCCUUCUGUUUCAAGAUGACAUUGACCUGGAGCUUAGACUAGCUCGCUUUGAGCAGCUGAUCGCCAGGCGGCCCCUCCUUUUGAACAGUGUACUGCUGAGGCAGAACCCUCAUAAUGUCCAUGAGUGGCACAAACGUGUGAAACUCUAUGAAGGCAAUCCACUGCAGGUAAAUUUAAGCUGUUUCCUACAAUGUUUUUAUAAUGACGACAGUGCCAAAGCAAUACAUAAAACAACUUUUAAACAACAUUGAAUUGCUCACACUCUUACCUUUUGCAUGUUAAUAAUUGUAUCUCAUGGUAUCUGCAGAUAAUCAACACAUACACUGAGGCAGUACAGACUGUGGAUCCAGUGAAGGCAACAGGGAAACCUCACUCUCUCUGGGUUUCAUUUGCUAAAUUUUAUGAGGAAAAUGAGCAGCUGGAUGAUGUAAGUCACUGAUGGGCUUUCAAAAGAAAAUCUCAAAAACCAUGAUAUAUGUUAUGACCACGAUAUGCCUUACAUUUAAUGACUGUCUCUUAGGCAAGGACGAUUUUCGACAAAGCUACCAAGGUGAACUACAAGCAGGUUGAUGACCUUGCCGCAGUGUGGUGUGAAUAUGGAGAGAUGGAGCUACGCCAUGAAAACUAUGAUCAGGCUCUGCGCAUACUGAGGGUGAGACACAUGUAGUAUUUGCAGUGACGAUUGUACAGGUUUGAUCUGGAGAAACAAGAACUGCUGUAGCUGCUAGGUGUUUAGUAACAUCUAGUGGCAGAACAGAGAAACUACAUUAUCCUGGACAAAUGUUGGUUGAAAACCUAGUAAAUAAAUCGAGCUUAAGCUUCCAGAGUUUGUACUGACCUGUGAUUUGCCAAGUAAGAGCAAAUCCAUUGAUUCAGUCAUUCAAGGUGCUGAUAUGUGGCAGAUUUGACUCAAAAGCAGACAUGGAUCAGCUCUUUCUAUCCGAUACAAAGAAGUAAGAAGCAAUGAUUAACAAUACUGGGUGCCAGUUCUUUGAGUAUUGCUGUGAAGUAAAGUGUAUAUUAUUGUUGCAGGUAUUUCAAAGUAUAAAUACUUGGUGGAUACACUUACAACAUGUGUUUUUUUUAAUGAUUUAAAUACAGAAAGCUACAGCAAUUCCAUCCAAGAAGGCUGAGUACUUUGAUGCAUCUGAACCUGUCCAAAACAGAGUCUACAAGUCUUUGAAGGUCUGGUCUAUGCUUGCCGACUUGGAGGAGAGUCUGGGCACAUUUCAGGUAUGUGCAUUAUUUGAAAUGAAAACUUUAAGUCAUUUUACUGUUGUAUGUUGAAUAUUUAGUUUAAUUGCUUGUCCAUCGUCUUUUGUCUUACCAGUCUACAAAAGCUGUGUAUGACCGCAUUAUCGACCUCCGCAUCGCCACGCCACAGAUCAUCAUCAAUUAUGCCAUGUUCCUCGAAGAACACAACUAUUUUGAGGAAAGCUUCAAAGUAAAAACACUUUAUUUGUUGUUUUAACCAAACCAGGUUAUUCAAUCAAUAUCUGCCUUGCUCUCUGCCCACCAGUCAUUUAAACUUAUGCUUCUUGUCUUUGUCUAUCCUUUUUUAGGCAUAUGAGCGUGGUAUUGCUCUCUUCAGGUGGCCAAAUGUUUAUGACAUCUGGAACACUUACCUUACCAAGUUCAUUGAUCGUUACGGAGGCAAGAAGCUAGAAAGAGCCAGGGAUCUUUUUGAACAGGCCUUGGAUGGGUGCCCUGCCAAGUUUGCCAAGAGUGAGUUGAUCUCCAAGAAAAGCACUGUGUAGACAUUAUUCCGGCUGUUUUUCUUUAACAGAUUCAUCUAAGCUGAAUGUACUACUUUCCUUUGCUCUAGCCAUCUACCUGUUGUAUGCCAAGUUGGAAGAGGGAUAUGGGUUGGCACGACAUGCCAUGGCUGUCUAUGAAAGAGCAACACAGGCUGUCGAACCUGGGGAGCAGCAUCACAUGUUCAAUAUCUACAUCAAGAGAGCUGCAGAAAUUUAUGGAGUCACAUAUACCAGAGCAAUUUAUCAGAAAGCUAUUGAGGUAUGUUUUUGAGGGGCGGACAGAUAUUUAAGUGUAAUACUGUUUUUCAAUCCAUAUCAUUUUUUUGUACCUACAAUGAUGAUUACUGUUUUUUUCAGUGAAUAAUUUUAUAUAGCUGGUUUGAUAGUACACAUUUUCAAAUGCCAAACAGGCAAAAGAAAAAGAAAAUUUUAUUCACAAUCUUUUUUUCUAAUGUAUGAUACUGAUGCAAUGACUUUUUGAACAUCAUAGAAAAGUAAAGACUAGCAACAUAUGAAGAGUUUUUGUUAAGCAGUUCAACAAAGCUUUCAAAUGUUUUGUUUGUCUAGUUUUUAAGAUUGAGAUAUAGUAAUCACAAUUUGAGCUACCUUCUAUGCAUUCAGGUCCUUCCCGAUGAGCACGCAAGGGACAUGUGCCUGCGAUUUGCUGACAUGGAGAGCAAACUGGGUGAGAUUGAUCGUGCCAGAGCAAUUUACUCCUACUGUUCCCAGAUCUGUGACCCCAGGGUAAGAAAAAAAACAACAACUCCUGUGUCUGGAUUAAAUACCCUUUCUGACAUUGCACAUCAUCAUGCGUUUGGAUAUGUUUUUAAACUUCAUCUUUUAGGUGACAGCAAAUUUCUGGCAGACCUGGAAAGAAUUCGAGAUCCGCCAUGGUAAUGAGGACACUAUCAGAGAAAUGCUGAGGAUCAAACGUAGCGUCCAGGCCACAUACAACACCCAGGUCAACUUUAUGUCUUCUCAGAUGCUCAAGGCCACAACAAGCUCCACAGGCACUGGUAAGGCCACUGUCUUUAAAGCGUCUGCUGUUUCUGGAUUUUUUGUCGCAGUAGGGGAAUGUUUAGCACUAUUUUAAUGUCUUAGAUGUAUGUUACGAUAGACCAGUGGUGGACUUCUAACAGCAGAUAAUUCAUAAUCUUGAGCAAAAGAGAAAGAGCUUCCUUGUGAGAGGAAAUAGCCAUCUGGCAUCAAUCAUGCCAAUCUUUUUCAAUAACAAAUUUUUAGAUUUUGUGUUUUUAGCCACCAAAAAGUAAUUAACCACAACCAGCCAAACAGAUCAGAGGACCUCUUCAACAGAUCCCACACAUUUUGAAGUUCCUGAAAUCAAAUGGAUAAGAAUUCUCUUUCAACAGAUGUCCAACCAUUAGUUUUUAUCCUUUUUUCAGUGUCAGAUCUCGCUCCAGGCCAAAUGGGAAUUGACGACAUGAAGAUGUUGGAGCAGAAAGCACAGCAGCUUGCUGCUGAAGCUGAGCAGGAUAAACCCAAGCCCAAAGAGAAGAUCCUGUUUGUCAGGUUUGUCUUUUUUUUGGUCCAGUGAAAAUUUGUGCCUUAAUUAACUUUGAACAUACAUUGCAAAAGACCUUUAACUGUUUUCUGCAUAUGCCCAGGAGUGACACCUCUCGCAGUGAGUUGGCAGAGCUUUCCAAGCAAGCCAAUCCAGAUGAAAUUGACAUUGAUGAUGACGAGGAUGAUGAUGAGGAUGAUCAGGGACCAGAGGGUGAGUGUCGUCUAUCAAUAUACCCAAAGUCAGCUGUAAAAUAAAACCAUUUAAUGUUUUUUUUAAACAUUACAAGAAAUCUUUUAUUCAUGAAUAUGCAUCUGCUAACUCCAUCUUUGCUUUGCUUACACAGAGGUGCAACUGGAACAGAAGAGUGUCCCCACAGCUGUCUUUGGGGGUCUUAAAGACGACUGAACUUGUUGAGCUUUCUUUCUGACUUAAAUUUAUAAAGUCUUCAGAUUACUGUAAUAGAUAUUGAAAAGGCUUUAUUUUGAAGUUUGCAUCAAUGAUCAAUUGAUUUCUUUUUUCUUGAUAGGAUGUGAGUUGAGUAGACAAACAGGGAGUAUUUGUGCCUUUUAUGUGUUCUCAUACAUAGUUUAUAAAGGUGUAAGUCCAUUGUUACAUGCUCUUUGUUCACUUUUUCACAAGAAUGGGGCUCAAGAUUUUGAGUAAUUUUUGUAAUAAAAUAGUCACAUGUGGUCCUUUUGUACUUGCAAGUUGCAGCUGUAGUUGCUUGCUCUGUUUUCAAUCAUUUGUGAGAAUUAAAAGUGAAAAUGCUUUUUGCACUCCUACUGGAUGCACAUAAAUUUUCCAAAAAGGAGUUGCUGCCCUCAAUCUAGGGGUAUGAAAAUGGUCAUUUACAGGGGGCAUUUGAUGGAAAGCAAACUGAGCAAUUGACUCUCACAUUGUUGUCUCCUGAUUUAGUAUUACUAACCCUAACCCAAAAGCUUAUGUCUCAAAAACAACUUGUGUACUUAAAUAUACUUAAACCAUUUGAUACAAAGACCAAAUAACUGAGAGCCUGAAUACAUAUUUAAAAACAAUUUAAAAAUCCAAUAACUCUGGGAAAUGCUACUUUGAAAAGAAUUGUUUCUGAUCUGUUAUCAUGGUGUAAAAACUGGCCUUCAAAAUCCUCAUUUCUGUUAAAGAAAGUCUAAAUAGCUCUGAAUGAUAGUUGUGAUGCAAAUGGACUUGAAUCUGAUGAACAGGGACCUUUGGAUGAAGACUUUCCUUGUGACAUUUAAAUGCAUUAUGUCAGUAUUCAAGUUUCAUGCUAUUGAUGCUAAUGUAUUAUAAAACACAUUUGGCAGAGUAUUUUUAUGUAUGCAUACAUUUUGAAACAAUGUCAUGGAGAUCUACAAGGCAUCAUGAGUUAUUUGCUAGAAUCCUUUUAUUCAAGUUAAAUCGACAGAGCACUGGAAAAAGUACUGACUUGGAAUAAAUUCUUUCUUUCAUAAUUAGAUUAAAA